GAACCACACCCUACUUUUUUACUUGAGGCUUACCUCCCAUAACCUCUCAACAUCACCAGCGACUCUAUUUUCUAGGGACAUUUGAUUUAUGAGUGCAGGUGAUAGCUAUCAACACAAUUCUCCUUGUCGUCGGGGCUGUUAGAGAGGAGCAAUUGCUGUGUUGCCACUGGGGCUAUACCUUGAGGACAGAUUCUUGAUUUUGGCGAGUAGACUACCGGCAUUCGGACCAAAAGUCGCGUCAAACCAUUUCCCCCCGUGCCCCAAUUCUUGUCUCCCCACAGGAAAAACAACAAUGUCUCGUUCCAGAGCAAGCUCGAUUUUCGGUCCCUCCAGCCCAGAUUUCGAUGGUGACGAUGAAGACGAAGAAACGCAUGAGCAGCAAGACCAGACUGGAAGUCAAAGCCCAAACCAGCAAUUGGCACGAGAGAACGCCUAUUCCCUAGAACCUGUUGCUUAUGCAUCAGAGGAGGACGAGGAUUCAGAUGCCGAGAGCGUUCACCGUUGGGGUGAUAAGAGAGACACCGCAACCUCGGUCAAAUCGUAUCAAGCGCUUCUAGCUAGUCUUGAACAAGUACAUCAUCUCUCUCUUUCACGGCAUCUCUAUUCCGCCCACCUUAUAAAUCGUCAACACCGUUCAGCAUCUGCAUCUUACAAGCAGCCUAAUAAGCGUCGAAAGCUCGCCAAGGGGGCGGGCUCCGAAGAGGGACAGUCUGAACGCCCAUUCAUCACCCCUUACUGGACCGCCUGGCCCCUUCCUCCCGAGACUGUUCCCCGAGAAGCUGACCACACGUAUGAGGCGGUGGGCUUAUUAAAAUCCGGGCCCAGGAAAUAUUAUCACAACGACAAAGCGACUUACGCUGAGAGAGAUAGGAAGGAGCCAGAGCCAUCGCAAAUGCUUGAAAGCACUCUCAUGGCAGCUUUCAUCAGAAUAUCGAAGGAGAAGAUAGGGGGCAGGAAUAAAGAGGGGCUAGAGCCAUCAGUCGACGACGAGCUCUCAGAGAGCAUACUUAGGCCGGUGGUUAGAAAUAUUAUUUCUAAACUCGAUGGACUAUUGACAGGCCUCUAUUUUGAGCGAGAGCCUUAUGUCAGGAGUAUGGUCAAAACUUUAUCCUGCAAGGUGGUGGAUGGUUCUAAUCCAGAUGGACAGUCGACUCCUGAUGCCGGUGGGAGGAAGAUUAAAGAGAAGGACAUGCCCGACAUUUUGAAGGG